CACUUCUGUGACGUCACGACGUCUGAGGCGAGAAGAGAGAGUAAUCACAGAGCAGUCAGAGCGGCUAGGGCGUGUAGCUUCCAACGCCGUUUCUCACCGGAGUUCGCACGCGAGGUCACUGGAGCUUUCGCCUUUCAGUCGUUCCGGCGGAGAAGUGGUGUGUGGAGCGUGGAGGACUUGACUGUGAGCAAUAAUGGGUGACUACGUGCCGGAACCAACGGUGAAACCAGCGGCAGACUUCAAUGCAGCAGAAGAUGGAGCCACACUGAGGGCUGCUAUGAAGGGUCUGGGCACAGACGAGCAGGCGAUCAUAGACAUUCUCACACAGCGCUCGAAUGACCAGCGACAGCAGAUUGCAAAGUUCUUCACAGAGGAAUAUGGCAGGGACUUAAUAGAAGACCUAAAGAGUGAGCUUGGUGGUCACUUUGAGGAUGUUAUUGUGGCACUGGUUGUGCCUCAUUUUGAUUACCUCGCAAAACAACUCCACAAAGCUAUGGCAGGCCUGGGUACAGAUGAAGAAACACUUGUGGAAAUUCUCUGCAGCAAGACCAAUGAGGAAGUAAAGAAGAUAGUUGAAGCUUAUGAAAGAUUGUAUGACAGACCCCUCGCUGAGCACUUGUGCAGUGAAACAUCUGGGGAUUUCCGCCGUCUGCUGACACUGAUAAUUACUCGGAUGAUUACAGAUGGAGUGCGUGAUGAUGAAUCUCUUGACCCUGAAAAGGCAAAAGACGAGGCUCAGCAACUCUACGAGGCAGGAGAGCUAAAGCUUGGGACAGAUGAAGAGGUCUUCAAUCGGAUUAUGGCCCAUGAGAGCUUUGCCCAACUACGGCUUAUAUUUGAAGAGUACAAAAACAUUUCCGGCCGCACAAUUGAACAGGCUCUGGAGUCUGAGCUUUCAGGAGAAUUGCUGCUUGCUAUGAUGGCUUUAGUGGAAUGCGUGCAAAAUCCUGCUGCAUAUUUUGCAAAACGCUUGCACAAUGCUCUUGCUGGAGCAGGCACGGACGAUAAAACAUUGAUAAGAAUUAUUGUGUCUCGUAGUGAAAUUGAUCUGGGAACCAUAAAGAAAGAAUAUGAAAGAAUUUAUGAUAAAACACUGGAAAGUGCAGUGAAGAGUGACACUUCUGGUGAUUACAAGAGGGCUCUUGUGGCUUUGAUUGGGGGACCAUGAAGAUAAUACAGUGUAAACAUGUUUUGUAAAAAAUUUUGAACUUCUCAUGAUCUGCGUGUUCAUUAUUAGUUGUAGUUGCCAAGAGAGAGCUGUCUUGCACUGUGUGCAGUUUACUAUGCUUUUUUUGUGGUAAAUCUCUGAAUGUGUACCAAAGAAAUGUAUCAGAUGAACUGUUAAAUGAAAAAUGUUUUAAAAGUUCUUAAUUCCAGUCAAAGGCAAAAUAAAUUUUUCAUUUUGCUUAAA